UUGAAACUGCUAAAAAUAUAUUUAAGGAACCAUUUUAAACGUACCCAAAAUAUGAAUAAUGACAUAACUUUGAAAUUGAAAGAUAAAAGAGAGAAAGAAGUGGGAGAGGAAGAAAGCUAUGGCGAACAAGCUGCUUAGCGAAAUGGGUCUUCCCAAAUCUAUUGCCAACAUUUUUACUGCUCGUAACCUUAUUACUGCUAAGGACGUAUUGUCAUUGACAGAAUUCGAGUUGAUGGAAUUGUUAGAUGUGGAUUUAGCUGUAGUAGCAUCAGCAGUGGCACACAUCAGUGAAAUUACAUGUCCUCCUUACCAAACUGCACUUUCAUUGCUGGAACAGAGGGUUCAAAAUGAGAGAAUGGCUGGCCAUCUUCCAACUUGUCUAAAAGGACUCGAUAAUGCUUUGUGUGGUGGAAUUCCUUUUGGUGUUGUGACAGAGUUAGUGGGUCCAGCAGGCAUUGGUAAAACUCAGUUCUGUUUGAAGCUUUCGUUAUUAGCUUCUCUUCCAUCAAGUUAUGGCGGCUUAGAUGGUUCAGUAAUUUAUAUCGAUACAGAAUCCAAGUUUAGCUCAAGGAGGAUGAUAGAAAUAGGAUAUAAUAGCUUCCCCGAAGCAUUUCACGCUGAAGGGAUGGCACAGGAGAUGGCUGGAAGGAUCCUAGUUUUAAGACCGACAUCCCUUUCUGAAUUCACUGAUAGCUUGCAGAAAAUUAGAGUUUCACUAUUUCAACAUGGUGUGAAAUUGCUGAUCAUCGACAGCAUGGCUGCUCUUCUUGCAGGUGAAGGUGUCCAAGGACCUCAGAGGCAACAUUCAUUGGGUUGGCAUAUAUCAUUUAUUAAAUCAGUUGCAGAAUUUUCACGAAUUCCUAUAGUAGUAACCAACCAAGUGAGAUCUCAAAGUCGUGAUGAAAUUUCCCACUAUUCUUUCCAAGAGCUGAGCAGAGUCGAUUGUUCAGAAGCUUCCACAAAUCUUGAUUCUCGUCUUGUUGCUGCUUUAGGGAUCCACUGGGCUCAUGCUGUUAGUAUUCGUCUUGUAUUUGAAUCAAGAUCAGGUCAAAGGUUCAUAAAAUUAGCAAAAUCUUCACUUUCUCCACCUCUUGCAUUCCCUUUCAACAUAACUUCUUCUGGGAUUUCAUUGCUUAAUGAUGAUGGAGUGGAAAUGCCAGGGCCAGAUAUACAUACAAUACAUUGUCAAGGUCACAGCAGCAUUAUUACUGUUGGAAGCGAAAUGAUGCAUUGAGCUCCAGAAGCAAAGCUCCCUGGCACAUUCUUCCUUUUCUCUAAGUCCUCGGACUUUCACUUGGUUGAAUCUUAAAUCCCUUGAUCAUAUAUUUUUUAGGUGUAAAUUCCAUCAUUUGACAAACAACAAAUGAUUAACUUUUACGUGAAAGAUUCUGUUGGUAGUAUGUGGACUCCUUCAAGUUAACGAUUCACAAUUCCUUCAGAUCCAUUCUGCUGAUAGUACAGGCCACGGGAAGUAGUAACAUAACUUGAUGGCGCUUGCCCGUCUCACCUCCAUUA